AUGAAGCCAAGGUCGUCUUGUUCUCCCAGCAUUAGCAGGGCACUGCUCCUGCUGCUGCUAUGCUGCUUGUGCAGCUCCGUCGCGAGGUCUCAGACGGCCGACUCGUGCACCAGCAUCACCGGCCUCGCCGCCGUCAGCCACCUCAUCCCCUUCGGCACCUCUAACCUCACCUGCUUCGACGCAUGGACCUCCGAAGGCUUCAUCGUGCGCUACGGGAAGAGCGGGCAGAACAACACGUGGAGCUUCGUGCUGUCGGCGCCGGACGGUGGCGGCUACAUCUCGGUGGGGUUCUCGUCGGACGGGGCCAUGGUGGGGAGCAGCGCGGUGGCCGGGUGGACGACGGCCAGCGGGUCCGGGGUGGCCAAGCAGUACCGGCUGGGCGGCACGAGCCCCAGGAGAUGCCCGCCGGAUCAGGGCAGCCUGGCGCUGGUCCCGGGCACCACGCUUCUGGUGGCGCAGUCGUCCCGCCUCUACCUCGCCUUCCAGUUCACCGCCGCGCAGCCGCCGCCGCCCUACCUCAUCUACGCCGUCGGCCCCUCGGGCGCGCAGCUCUCGAACAACUACCUCGUGCGGCACCGCAGCUACGCCUCCGCCGCCGUCGACUACGCCACCGGCGUCGCGUCCAGCGCGUCCGGCGCCGGCGCGUUCAACACGAAAAAGUGGCACGGCGCGAUGGCCGGGCUCGGGUGGGGCGUGCUCAUGCCGGUCGGCGUCGCGCUGGCGCGCUACUUCAAGCGCCACGACCCGUUCUGGUUCUACGCGCACGUCUCCGUGCAGGGGUCGGGUUCGUGCUCGGUGCUGGCGUUCCUGGCGCGGCCGGACAAGGGGUCAAAGGUGAGGCGGUACUGGAACUGGUACCAUCACUACGUCGGCCGCGCCGCGGUGGCCUGCGCCAUUGCCAACGUCUUCAUCGGGUUGUCCAUCGCGCACGAGGCCGCCGCGCUCAGCGCGUUCUACGGCAUCUUCCUCGCGGUCUGGGUCCUCGCCUCGGUUGUUCUCGAGGUCAGGCUCUGGAGGACCGCCAGAUCCAGCCAUUGA